AUGAAUAUUCUUUUACAGUGCUGCAAGAUUUACAAAGGUCAAAGAGUGGUUAAGAAGCUUAGUGAUCGAGAAACUGCUCAAUUUAUUAGGACAACAGCUGUUCCACCAGCAACAAGAAAGAAACAGAUAUGCAAUAUUCAUCGCACCAAUGACUUUACUCAAGAUCCAAUGCUGAAGAAUCUGCAGUUCAGUAUAGCAGAAAGACCAUUACACAUGGAAGGCAGAAUUUUACCUGCACCUGAAUUGUUGAUGGAUGCACCAGUUCAACCAAGAGAAGGAGUAUGGGAUGCUAGGAGGAGAUUAUUUUACAGAGGAGCAGAUAUAAACACAUGGGUGGUGAUGAAUUACAAUCCAAGAUUUGUUGACCAACGAAGUACUGAGACAUUCAUUACCAAAUUACUUCACAUGGCUGAUGAGAAAGGGAUGAAAUUUUCUGAGCCAGUUGCUGCAUUUGGUGUACGGACACCCUGUCCUGAGCAAGAUUUUACAAGGCUUAAGCAGGAAUACUCAAACCUACAAUUGGUAUUAGUUAUCUUAGGAAGAGGAGGUGAUCUUUAUGCUCGUAUCAAGAGGACAGGGGACACUGAAGUUGGUAUAUUGAGCCAGUGUGUUCAAGCAACAAAUGUGACUGCAAUUAAACCACAGACACUUGGAAACAUUCUCCUGAAGAUCAAUGCAAAGAUGGGUGGUAUUAACAAUGUUCUUUCAAGAACUGGAAUGCCUAUGAUAUUAGAAAGACCUGUUAUGAUUAUGGGUGCAGAUGUAAAUCAUCCAUCAGCUGGAGAUGGAGAAUCCCCGUCCAUGGCUGCAGUUGUUGCCUCAUAUGAUAGGUUUGCCUCCAAAUUUUCUGUAGAAGUGAGACCUCAGCCACAUCGUGUGGAAAUAAUUCAAGAUCUAAAGGAAAUGACCAAAAACUUGUUAAGGUCAUUCUUCAUUUACACAAAAGGACAUAAGCCCGAAAGAAUUGUUAUGUAUCGUGAUGGAGUUAGUGAGUCUCAGUUUCAAGAAGUAUUGUCAUAUGAGCUGAAAGCUAUGCGAACAGCUUGUACUGAAACAGAAGUUGACUACACACCUGGCAUCACUUUCUUAGUGGUUCAAAAGCGGCAUCAUACAAG